AAAAACCUUCUUUUCUUUAUGCAUUUUAUUUUAAAUUACUUACCUAGGGUUUCAAAAAAUUAGAUUAGAUCAUAUCGUUUCUUUCUCAAUCCUACUCCCUCUCAUAAUCUCGUCUCUUUUUGGUAUUUUAUUGCUAUCCAUUGAUCUACCUCUCUAGGGUUUCUGUUAAUUUGCCCCAAUUUCCACUCCCAUUGUGCAUAGAUUUCAAAAUCCCCAAUUCAAAGCUCCUUUAGAGCUUCAUUCUUGUGAAUAAACUCAAGUUGGUUAAGUUACAAAUUUUGUACCUUUCAUGUUUUUUUGGUGAAUUUUGGUAUUUAUUGAAGUGGGCUGGGAUUAUUUUGUGAUUUGAGAAUGGAAUCUGUGAGAGAAGCUGGUGGUGGAGUUACUGGUACAGUGUUAAUGAGGUUUGUCUGGACUCAUGGAGGUCGAAAUGUAUUUCUCAGUGGUUCUUUUAAUAGAUGGGGUGAACUUAUACCUAUGUCGCCAGUUGAAGGUUGCCCUAACGUAUUUCAGGCGAUUUAUGAUAUUACACCUGGUAAUCAUCAGUACAAGUUUUGUGUUGAUGGAGAAUGGCGACAUGAUGAACUCCAGCCUCACUCAACAACCGAAUAUGGGAUAGUAAAUAUUGUCCAGUUUAACAUGGAAGCCAAUUAUAAUCCAGAGAUGAUUCCAGGAUCUAGUAUGGAAUUGGAUAACGAGGCCUUUACCCGUUUGGUCAGCGUAUCAGAUGGCACAUUGACUGGUGGAGUGCCAAGCAUAUCAGAGGCUGACUUACAGGUCUCUCGUCACCGGAUUUCUGUAUUUCUUACUACACACACUGCAUAUGAGUUACUUCCCCAGUCAGGCAAGGUAGUUGCCUUGGAUGUUGAUUUACCAGUAAAGCAAGCCUUUCACAUUUUGUUUGAACAGGGAAUCUCUAUGGCUCCUCUUUGGGACUUCUCUAGGGGCCAGUUCGUUGGAGUGCUUAGUGCCUUGGACUUCAUAUUGAUAUUGAGAGAGCUCGGAAAUAAUGGGUCAAAUUUGACAGAGGAAGAACUUGAUACACACUCCAUAUCUGCUUGGAAAGAGGGGAAAGCAUAUCUGGAAAGACAAAUAGAUGGACAUGUGUGGCCUCUACCUAGACAUCUCAUACAUGCUGGGCCAUAUGACAACUUGAAAGAGGUUGCUUUGAGAAUAUUGCAGUAUAAGGUGGCUACAGUUCCUGUUAUCCACUCAUCAUCAGAAGACAGUUCAUUUCCUCAGCUGCUGCAUCUUGCCUCGCUUUCUGGAAUACUGAAAUGUAUUUGCAGGUACUUUAGACAUUGUUCUAGCACCUUGCCUAUACUCCAACUACCAAUUGGUGCAAUACCAGUGGGUUCAUGGGUUCCGAGUAUUGGAGAGCCUAGUGGGUGCCCCUUGGUGAUGUUGAGACCAAGUGCUUCUCUUAGUUCAGCUUUAAACUUGUUAAUUCAAGCUCAAGUAAGUUCAAUACCAAUAGUAGAUGAGAAUGACUCGUUAGUAGACAUAUAUUGUCGGAGUGACAUAACAGCUUUGGCGAAGGACAAAAUUUAUACUCAUAUUAAUCUUAAUGAAAUGACUAUAAAUCAGGCUUUGCAACUGGGGCAAGAUGCCUAUUCUUCUCAUGAGCUGAGAAGUCAAAGAUGUCAGAUGUGUUUGCGAUCUGAUACAUUGCAUAAAGUGAUGGAGCGAUUGGCAAACCCGGGUGUCAGGCGACUUGUCAUUGUAGAGGCUGGCAGUAAACGUGUGGAAGGCAUUGUUACAUUGAGUGACAUUUUCAAAUUUCUACUUGGCUAGUUUGAAGCUACGGGGCGUUGCGUUAAUCGAAAGGGAUUUAUGGAGUGGUUUUGGACAACUCCAGACAUGUUAUUGCAGCAUCAACAGCUCAAUUGUUCCAGUAUUACUCCAGCACUUUCCAUGGUCAUAUGACCCAAUUAUUUGAAAUCUACGUUGGAUUAUUUGAAAUUCCAGCCUCUUUGCUUCCCUGCUGUUUUAGGAUUUUAGGCUAAAAAGAAAGGGAGAGGCUUGCAAUUUGAGAGUUUGAUUCUCCCCUAAUUCCCAAAUUUGUUCAUCUCCCUUCCAUGUAUUAUGAAUUACUUAGAUCUGUCAUUGUAGAUUCCAUGUAUACGAGGAGCAUAGUACCUCUUAUGUACUACGCUGGGAGAUGGGGAGGAGGUAAAUGCUUAAUGUCUGCUAUUGCUUCAUGUAGCUGUGAUUCCUGAGAAGAAAAUCUGAUAAAGAUGGCUUUUGGUUCGUUUUGUUUCA